AUGGCAAGUUUGCUUACUAACCUUCCUUAUCACAAUGGAUUCAACACUACUACUGGCGACGAAGAAGGUUCAAGAUUCAUGUCUAAUAUCAUCACAAACACUAACCCUAAUUUCAUCACUCCAAGCCACCUCUCUCUUUCUUCUCCUCAUCAUACUAUGACGUUCCCAACCUCUAGAAAAGGAAAUUGCAAGUUUCUAACCACCAACACAAACCAAACUCAUCAUCAAGAUAAUAACCUUUACUACAAUCUCGACGUUUUUUCAGCCACACCAAUCAUAAACAAUAAUGAUCCUCAAUGGCCAGCAUUACCAGAUCUCCCAGCGAGUACCAUUUCCACUUUCCAAGAAACCCUUCAAGACUUUGUAACACCAUACAACGAUAAUGGUGAUUCUCGGAGCAUUCUUCCAUUGGUGGCCACAAAGUUAUUAUGCGGAGAAGUUCUUGAAGGCAAAGUUAUAGUCGUGUGA